AUGAGGCCCAUCCCAAUCCUCUCCUCCCUAUUCCUCUCAGCCCUCGCAAACAAACGAAUCAUCGGCGGCGACGAAAUCGACAUCAAACAAGCCCCCUACCACGUCGCGCUCUUUGCAUACGGCGACUUCGCAGGCAGCGGCACCAUCAUCAACCACAACACCAUCAUAACAGCUGCCCACUGCAUCUCCGGCCCACCACCAGCCGACAUAACCGUCCGCGCGGGAUCAUCGAGCUAUCUGUCCGGUGGAACUUUACUCAAUGUCACCAAGAUCACAAAACACCCGUCAUACAACCAGCCGAUCGUACUCGAGAACGACAUCGCCAUCAUGACGCUCGCUGAGAAUCUCACGUUCGGCGAUACCAUCCAGCCGUUGGGCCUACCUGCAUACGCGCGCGGGUCUCCCGGCUUUUCGAACGCCGGCGAACAGGUUUUCAUCUCUGGCUGGGGCGAUACGAUCACAAGCGGGACGCUGCAGACGCAGCUCCGGGCUGUUACGGUGGACAUCCUGGAUCAGACGGAGUGUAAGGCGCGGUACGAGGACUACGUUAUACCGGUUACGGAUGGCAUGUUCUGUAAUGGGGUCCCCGGGGGCGGGAGGGGGCCUUUGUCCACAUCCCCCCUCGUCCCCCUAACCGUGAUCAAAGGCGCCGGCCACGAAUUCAUCCAGCUCCCCGCCGGCGAAAACGCCAUCACAGCGGACUUCCACUCCACCCGGACGAAAACCGAGUCGCCUGCACACAUUACAUCCGGGUUCUACAAGAUCGAGGCAGGGGCGCAGCGGCCGGCGCACUAUACCUACGAGGAAACGAAGUAUGUCCUCAGCGGGCAGAUUGAUGUUUUGGACGAGGCCACGGGGAUCACGCACCACCUUGUGCCGGGGGACUUUGCGUUCUUCUAUGUUGGGUCGAAGGUUAAGUUCUCGACCAAGUCCCAGGGGCUGGCAUUCUAUGCUGUGACUCGGCCGAUUCGGUCGCCGCAUGUUAACCUCUUAGGCCGGGAGGAGAGCAAGUCGCGGCUGUGA